CGGUUGUUGCGUUCCUUUAUAGGAAAAGGAAAAAAUAUAGAAAUCUUUUUGAGGGCAUUAUUCGAAACUUUAGCUGAGGAGGAGCGCGUUGAACAUAAAUGUGUUAGUUCGAAAAGAAUAAAGUCGCCUCUUGUUAGAGAGAGACAGAGUGAAGAGAGAGAGAAUCUGGUGGGCUUUGAGCUGUGAUUUAGCUGUAAGUCUUUUUGGGCGUCUCAUUCUCUCUCUCAUCACACUUCCAAUUUGGCCUCUCACAUUCACACAACACAAUCCCUAAACACAAAUACAAUAGAAACCCCCCUUCACUCUCUCUCUCUCCCUCCCUCCUUUCCUCAGCCACCCAUAUUUCCAAAGCUCAAAUCUCAAUUUCUCCACUUCCUCUCCCCAUUUUCCGCCCAGAUCUCCGCCGCAUUUCGCAGGUGUUGGCAGAAAUAGGGCAUAGAAAGCCCAUUCUCAGCUGCAGAUAGAUGUCUGGUGUGAAAUGAAGCAAAGGAAUCGCUGCAUUUCGUGGAGCGGUGUCGCGCUGCUGCUGCUAGCUCUGUUCCUCUCUUCCUGCGCCUCCGCUGAUGCUUCCGAGGUUCAAAUCGGCAGCAAUGGCGGCCCGCUCAACGAUGCCCAAGUCCGCUACAUUACGAAGCGCCAGCUGCUCUACUACCUAGACGAGUUCGGCGACAGAGGCGAGAACGUCGCCGUCGAUCCAUCGCUCACCUUCGAGAACUCUCGCCUCCGCGACGCCUACAUUGCGCUGCAGGCGUGGAAGAAGGCCAUUCUCUCAGAUCCCUACAAUCUCACCGCCGAUUGGGUCGGAUCUGACGUCUGCAACUACUCCUACGUCUUCUGCGCGCCGGCGCCCGACAAUUCGUCAAUCCGCACCGUCGCCGGAAUCGAUCUCAACCACGGAGACAUCGCCGGCUAUUUGCCGGAGGAGCUCGGUCUCCUCAGAGAUCUCGGCAUUUUCCACAUUAAUUCCAACCGUUUCUGCGGCACGGUGCCGAAGAAGUUUAAGAACUUGAAGGUGCUGUUCGAGCUCGACUUGAGCAACAACAGGUUCGCCGGAAAGUUUCCUUAUGUUGUUCUAAGCUUGCCUAAGCUGAUCUAUUUGGAUAUACGGUUCAAUGAGUUUGAAGGAACGGUGCCGCCGGAGCUCUUCGACAAGCCAUUGGAUGCUAUCUUCAUCAACCACAACAGGUUCGCCUUCGAAUUGCCGGAUAACUUUGGUAAUUCACCGGUUUCUGUGAUUGUGCUUGCCAAUAACAAAUUCCACGGCUGCGUGCCGGCGAGUCUUGGCAAUAUGAGCGGGUUGAAUGAGAUUAUUAUGAUGAACAACGGGCUGAGGUCGUGCUUGCCGCCGGAGAUUGGGAUGCUGAAGAACUUGACGGUGCUUGAUGUUAGCUCCAAUGGACUGGUGGGGCCAUUGCCGGAUAGCAUUGGAGGAAUGUUGAGUUUGGAGCAGCUGAAUGUGGCCAAUAAUAUUUUCUCCGGCGCUAUUCCGCAGAGCAUAUGCAAGCUGCCGCGGCUGGAGAAUUUCACUAUCACUAAUAACUUCUUCACUGGUGAGCCACCGGUGUGCUUGGCCCUGCCGGAGUUCAAUGAUCAGCGGAAUUGUUUGCCAAACAGGCCGGCUCAGAAAUCGGCCGCUCACUGUAAAGCGGUUUUGUCUAAGAAAAUUCAUUGCGGUGCGUUCCGGUGUCAUCGGUUUAUUCCCACUCUUCCAGCUCCACCGCCUCCGGUUGUGGUUCAUUCACCUCCACCGCCGCCUCCUGUGUAUUCUCCGCCCCCACCUCCACCAGUCUAUUCUCCGCCACCUCCAGUUUACUCUCCACCACCGCCAGUUUAUUCACCUCCUCCACCACCUCCGCCGCCACCACCACCACCUUCUCCUCCUCCUCCAUCACCACCCCCUCCUGUAUACUCUCCUCCACCACCACCGCCGCCGCCGCCGCCUCCACCACCUUCUCCUCCUCCGCCAUCACCUCCCCCUCCUGUAUACUCGCCUCCACCACCGCCGCCGCCGCCACCACCACCACCACCUUCUCCCCCUCCACCAUCACCUCCCCCUCCAGUAUACUCGCCUCCACCACCUCCUCCUUCCCCUCCACCGCCGUCUCCCCCACCACCAUCGCCUCCUCCACCUGUCUACUCGCCUCCACCACCUCCCCCAUCUCCUCCCCCUCCCUCGCCUUCACCGCCACCUCCACCAGUGUCUCCGGCACCUUAUCCUCCAUGUAUACGGACACCUCCACCGCCACCUCCGCCACCUCCUGGUCAUCCACCCCCUCCUCCCCCCCCCCCUUCACCCCCACCACCCAGUCCCUAUUAUUACUACUCACCCCCACCACCAUCACACUCACCACCUCCACCCCCACACUCUCCCCCACCACCGCCACAUUCACCACCUCCACCGCCUGUUUACAUAUACGCAUCUCCGCCCCCACCACCGCAUUCACCACCUCCCCCAACCUUUUCUCCACCACCUCCACAGCCUUGUAUAGAACCACCCCUGCCCCCGCCCCCAUGCCAAGAACCCUCACCUCCUCCACCCUCACCCCCUCCGCCUUACGUCCACAAGCCCCCACCAUCACCUUCACCCCCACCCCCAUAUAUCUAUAGUUCACCUCCUCCGCCAUCACCAUCAUCUCCGCCACCAACACCCGUCUACGAAGGUCCGUUGCCUCCGGUGACGGGAGUCUCGUAUGCCUCCCCUCCUCCACCACCCUUCUAUUGAUUCUUUUUGAGGUUUAUCCUCUAAACCGUUUCCAGAAAAAGAAAAAGAAACAGGUAUCUACUUGUAUUAUUUAGUUAUAUUUACGUCUCAACGCUUACCAUUGUCCCUUGGCAUACAUGAUUCUCAUCACUGGAUGAGCGGAAAAAGAAUUCCGAAACAGAGAGAGAUAGAGAGAGUGAUCCAAUUACGAAUUGGAUGAGAGCAUUUGUGCCUGAACUGUAUAAUGUAUUGAUUUAUUUUAGUUGCCCUUGUGGAAGAAGCAAGAUGAUUGGGGUGACGAAGAAGAGAGACAUGCAUUAAGAGCAGAAAUUUCUAUAUAUAUCUUUGGAAUUUAUUGUGAUGGAUGAUGAAUUUGAGUUGUGAAAUAAAGUAGGUAUAUUGCAGGGAGGUGUAUGUAUCAUAAUCAGGAACUAGAACUGCUGCUGCUCGUGGCUGUUCUAGCUCUAGUUUGCUGCUUUUCAUUUUUAUUUAUCAUACUUUUUUCUUUCUUUUUUGCCCAGUUUAUAGAAUAAGAAUCAUCAUUUAACAUUUGUAUUGAAUACAUCAGUUUUCUCCAGAA